AUGGGGAAGCUGAUUAAGAACCACUGGGCUCGCUUGAUCUGCUUGACAGCAGCGGCAUCUGCAGCACUGGAAGGAUUCUUCUGGCCUAAAUUCUUCUUUGACUGGCUUACCAAGAACUUCGAUGGCGCUGUUAAACCUGUGCCCAUACUACAAACCAUCAAUCUUGUCAUUGGGAUUUUGACACUCGCAUACGAAUGGCCACUGAAGUACUUGGCCGGAACCUCGAUCCAGCGGAGUAUCGAAGUGCGGCUGAUGUGGCUACCGCUGGCCAGUUUGUCGAGCGUCUUGAUCUAUCAGGCGACCAAUCCGGCCAUUUACUAUCUGAUCGGAUGCAUUGUAUACUUCUGGGCGUACAGCGAAGGCGAGGUUGUCUGCGCAGUGCCCUGGACAUUACCCAAGAGAGCAGAUCGAAGGCGGAUGGAGAAGGCAUGA